AUGAACCAGGCACAGGCCGGGAACCGGUACUACAGGCCCGGGAACCAGGGACCAACCGCCCCGGUGAACCGGGUACUACAGGCCGGGAACCAGGCGACCAGGGGACCGCCGCCCGGGAACCAGCUACUACAGGCCCGGGGCCAGGCGAACCAGGCGACCGCCGGCCGGGAACCAGGCUACUACAGGCCAGGGAACCAGGCGAACCAGGGACCGCCCCCCGGUGAACCAGGCUACUACAGGCCAAAAGGCGAACCAGGGGACCGCCGCCCCGGCCCGGGAACCAAGGACCGCCGCCCCGGUGAACCAGGCUACCAGCCCGGAGAACCGGGCCGGGACCGCCGCCCCGGUGAACCAGGCUACUACCAGCCCGGAGAACCAGGCGAACCAGGGGACCGCCGCCCGGUGAACCAGGCUACUACAGGCCAGGGAACCAGGCCAGGGAACCAGGGACCGCCGCCCGGUGAACCAGGCUACUACAGGCCAGGUGAACCAGGCGAGCCAGGGAACCGCCCCCCGGUGAACCAGGCUACUACCGGCCCGGAGAAUCAAGCGAACCAGGGGACCGCCGCCCCGGUGAACCAGGCGAGGGAGGUGAGCGGCCUGCAGGGGAGCUGGGGCACCACAGACCAGAUCGAGGAGGAGAGGCGCAGGUGGAGGAGGGCGGCGCGAGGACACUGCCCACGCCCACCACCGCUGGACACCACACUGCCGCCAGAGACCUCCACGCCCCACACCAACACACAUCUGAGCUCUCCCUCGAGGACACCCACGCCCAGGACCUUCAAACUCACGCCCACAGGAGUACGUGGCCUACGAGACCACUGGGAAGACCGCAAGUCUCAGAGGCACCAGACCACCUCCACUGCACACGAGGACACACGAGACCCGAAGAAUACGAGACAGUUGCCCAGAGGAAGCACGAGACCAGUUCGAAGGAUUACAGCACUCGUAGACAGCUGGAGGACACUUCUACCCACACGAGAUCAGCUCCAGUGCUUACGAGGACACACGAGACCGAAGGAGUACGAGAUACGUGCCCAGAGGAAGCACGAGACCAGCUCCAAGGACUACAAUACUCGUAAACAGCUGGAGGACACUUCUACCACACAAACCACCUCCAGUGCUUACGAACACACGAGACCGCAAGGAGUACGAGAUACGUGCCCAGAGGAAGCAGGAGGCCAGUUCGAAGGAUUACAACACUCGUAG